AUGUUCAAAAAGAAACCAACGAUCAAAAAUCUCUCCCCUCUACGUUCCUCUGAUAGACGAAAGAUCGCCGAUCAAAUCAUCAAAGACUACCAGAUCUCUGUCCCCUCAGAUUCCCAAGAAGCAGGGUCCACCACCGCUCCAAGCCUCACAUCGAUUCGAAAUGCGCUUCUUCCCGAUAAUUCUCUGACGGCCCGGUUCACGACAACCGCUGGACCAGACUUGCGCGAGCUCACUGGAAUCGUAUAUGUUGGCACACAUCCAGAUGAAGAGGAACGAGUGCUGUGGUUCAAGCUCGAGCAUGGUCCCGGGGCAGACAAGCGCCUAUACCCAACCGUCUAUACACUAUGGCACAACCCCAACCUGGUCUCACUCCUCUACACCCCAGGAUUUGUUAUGGGAAAACUCCAGGGUGGAGCUGACCUCAUGACACCCGGUCUCGCGAACGAGCCUCCAUUCCCGGAGAAGGCGGUCAAGGGAGCUGUGGUUGCAGUCGCGAGUGUGGACAAACACUCGGUGCCGGUCUUCGUCGGUGUCUGUGAAAUCGAUGUUUCGGCUCUGGGCGAGGUCCAAGGUACGAAGGGCUCAGCGGUCCGAGGAUUGCAUUGGGAGGGCGACGAGCUUUGGGCUUGGAGCUCUGCGUCACGGCCAGGCCGCCCAGCACCAGACUACUUGGAGGGCUGGGACGAGGAAAAGGAUGCAGAUGAUGAAAUCGAGGGACUUGAAGAUAUGACGCUCGAAGAUAGAGCUUCUGCAGAGAGCGACGAAGAGACACCAGGCGACGAGCCAGCUCCGGCGGAAGAAUCUGCAGGUGAAGAAGAGCCGGAGCCGACAACAAAGGAAAUUGAUGAUGCAUUCGUGAACGCAUUUGUUUAUGCCCUUUUCAAGCUGAAACAAGAUAACCCUUCGGCCACCAACCAUGCACUUCCCUUGCCAAUUACACCCUCUGCAUUGGUAGCCAAUCUCAUCACUCCCCACCUUCCAGUCUACACUGCUCAGCAAGCGCAGUUCUACAACAUCAAGAAGACUAGCUGGAAGAAUGUGAAGAAGUUCAUGAAACAUCUGGACAAGUUGAAGCUUGUCAAAACCAAAGAUCGCAAUGGCCAAGAGACCGUCAUCUUAGACGUCGACUUUGGAGAUCAGCGAGUUGAGCGAUUUGUUCCAUACCGGCUACCUUCACCCCGAGCCCUCGAAGGCGGCAAGCCCUCAACUUCAGAAGGCAAGAAGCCCGCUGGGACAGAUGACUCUGACCCUUCAGUCGGCCAAACAAUCACAGUACAGAACCUAUACAGGCCAUCAGGAAAGUUGAUGCCUACUUUGUUCCCUGCUCUCGCCGCUGGAAACGCAAACAACUACUAUAAAUACUCCGAUGCCUCUUCGCAUUUGGAUCAAUACCUCACAUCCCAGGAUCCACCAAUCGUAUCAAAGGAGAACCGAAGAAUCAUCACUCUCAAUCCCUUCCUCGCCAAUACCAUUUUCACUGGAUCUGCCGCUGAAGACAAAAGCACACUCUCCCGCGGAAAGGUUACGCGUGAUGGUCUUCUGAAACGUCUCAUGGAGGACAAGGCUCUCAUGCAGCCACACCACGUCAUCCUGAAGACCGGCCAGACCAUCGCAGAUGUGAAGCCCAAAGCAGGCACUGCACCAAAGGUUACUGUGACCCUUGAAAAACGCACAGGCUCUAAGACCGUUACCAAGGUGAUGAACCUAGAGGUGUUCGGCGUCAUUCCGACCCUCCUGGCCCAAGAGCUACAGAAGAAGUGUGCUGGUAGUACUAGUGUCACCCAGGCUACUGGAGCGCCCAAGGGCGUUAUGGAAGUACUGGUGCAAGGUGAUCAGCGGAAGGCUAUUGAAACUGCUCUCGUUCGUCGUGGCUUAAGGCCACAGUUGAUUGAGGUUGUUGAUAAGACCAAGAAAAAGAAGAACUAA